AUGACCCAACAGGGAGAUUCCAUGAACCCUUUCUCCACCACCGCCGCCGCCUCCUCCGCGAAGAAGAAGCGGAAGCGGAGAAACGUCUGCCUGGCCUCCACCGCCGCCGCCGUCAUCCUCGUCGUCCUCAUCCUGCUCAUCCUAGCCCUCACCGUCUUCAAGGCCAAGAAGCCGUCCACCACCGUCAACAGCCUCGCCCUCGACGACCUCAGCGUCUCCUUCGACAUCGCCAGGCUCGCCGUCCGCCUCAAUCUGACCCUCGAUGUGGAUCUGGCGAUAAGAAACCCCAACCGGGUCGGUUUCCGAUACUCCAACAGCUCCGCCGCGCUCAAUUACAGAGGGGAGCAGGUCGGCGAGGUCCCCAUCCCGGGCGGACGCGUCGGCGCCGACUCCACCACGCCGAUGAACUUGACACUCACACUCAUGGCGGAUCGGCUCCUCUCCAACUCCCAGCUCUACUCCGACGUGAUCGCGGGGAGCCUCCGCCUCAACGCCUUCACCCGAAUCAAGGGCAAGGUUUCCAUCAUGAAGAUUUUCAAAAUCAGUGUCACUUCCACCACCAGCUGCGACAUCACGGUGUUCAUCUCCAACCGGACCGUCGGGGAUCAGACCUGCAACUACAAGACGAAAUUGUAG